AUGGGUGUGUGCAGGCUGCAAGCCUCUCUGCUGUAUGGACUGGAGUCGCACAUGGACGAGAGCGAGGACAGCAACUUCCUGCAGGACACACUUAUGGGCAACACACUCCAUCUGCUCAUCAGGGUCUAUGAGAGACUGCUGCGCUUUGGAGCCCAGAGACCCAAACCCAUCCAGGACAGUGCCGAGUGCCUGGCAGGAGAAGUAAGUGUUCCCUGGAGGAUCCUCCUCCACCGCCGCUCCCUCGCACAGGCUCGCUGGAAGUCGGAGGCCGGGUUGGCGGAAGAGCUAAAGGAAUCCUAUGGCAGUCCAGAGGCAGCUGAACUGUGCUACUUGCUAUCCAAUCCUCAUCUUAAGAAUCUGCUGUCUGUCCACGACUCUGUGGCACGGAAAGACUUCGACCCUGAGCUGCCGCCUCUGCCCGACAACAUUUGUGACGAAGAGGAAGACUCAGUGAAGAUCGUACGGCUCGUCAAAAAAGAAGAGCCCCUUGGCGCCACUAUACGGAGGGAUGAAUUCACAGGCGCUAUCGUUGUGGCUCGCAUUAUGAGGGGAGGAGCAGCGGAUCGAAGUGGAUUAAUUCAUGAGGGGGAUGAGCUCAGGGAAGUCAAUGGCAUCCCGAUGGAGGACAAGGACCUGGAAGACAUUAUUCCCAUACUGGCUCAGGCGGAUGGGGCCGUAACCUUUAAAGUGAUACCAGGCACCAAGGAAGAGCCAGCAGUCAGCAGCACCAAGACUUUCGUCCGAGCUCUCUUCGACUACGAUCCGGAGGAAGACCCGGCGAUACCGUGCAAGCUGGCAGGCCUGGCAUUCAAGAGGGGCGACGUCCUGCAGAUCGUGUGCGAGGACGAGGACGAGGUGUGGUGGCAAGCCCGGCACCAUGGCACCGAUGCCCAAGCAGGUCUGAUCCCGUCCAGGGAGCUGCAGGAGAGGAGAGUCACCCUGCAGAAGCCCGAAGCGCUCUUCCAUCCAUCGAAGAGCUUGGGACCAGGGCCAGCUGCUUCGAGGCGCUGCGCGGAACAUGAAAUCCAGCUGUACUUCCGGCCUCGUCGGCGGGGCCGCCUCCGAGUUGCCUCUGGACCCACGCUCCGGGGGCUGACCCCCUCGCCACGGCGCAGCGGUCCGCUGGGUCGCUCGACUUCCAUAGCCGGCCUAAGGAAGAGCUUCCGGCUGAGCAGGCGGAACAGCGACAGCAGACAGUCGAGAUGGAGGAGGUUCAAGAGACAUCGGCAUGGCCUGAUUCCCACCUAUUUGGAGGUGGUCCCCUACCAGAGGGGUCCGGGAGACCCUCACCGCAUGGUGCUGAUGUUCGGGCCUAGUGGAGUGGGGCUGAGCGAGCUGAAGAGGAAGCUCCUGCUGUCUGACCCCGAGCUCUACAGCGUCACCGUACCGCACACCAGUCGCGAGCCGAGAAGGCAGGAGAAAGAAGGGGUGGAGUACCAUUUUGUCUCAAGGCACACAUUUGAAAAAGACAUCCUCAACCACAAGUUUAUUGAGUACGGUGAGCACGGAGGAAACUAUUACGGCACAAGUCUGGAGUCGGUGCAGAGGGUGUUAGCGGAGGGCAAGGUGUGCCUGCUGGACGUGGAGCCGCAAACGGUGGAGAAGCUGUACACCAGGGAGCUGAAGCCGUGUGUGGUGCUGGUGAAGCCGCCUCCACUAGAGAGACUGAGACUGAGCCGAAGGAAAACCAAAGUCAUCUCCAGCCGGGAUGAGAGGACGCAGACCAAAACCCUCACGGAGGAGGACUUUGAAGACAUGAUCGCCUCGGCCCACGCAAUGGAGACCCAGCACGGACACUUGGUGGAGGUGGUGAUCGUCAACGACGACCUGGCGCUGGCCUUCACCGAGCUGAGGGACGCGCUGGCCAGGAUGGAGAAGGAGAGCCAGUGGAUCCCCGCCGCCUGGGGACCGGACUAAA